AUGACCCGGAAGUACUUUCCUUCGGUUCGUGGAACGCAUAUAUGCGUUCCGCUGCCGCAGAUAGCCACAGUCUGGGGUGAUGAGACUUGCACAAAAUCCUGGGGCAUGUGAGUUCUCAUUCAUACCGAGAAUAAAUAUAUUAAAAGGAAUGUAAGUGUUCUAAAUUGGCAGCAGGGAUAUAUUUUAAAACAAAAAACAUUCAACAAAUAUUUACAUCAAUCUCUUUACAACAAGAUAAUUUAAAGUGCUCCGUGCUCUUCUUUUAAAACGCUUUAUGAAUAAGUGUAGAACAAUAAAAAUUACCACAUCACCAUAUAGUGCUUUUGUUAGCAUUAUCCUUAUAAAACAUGGAGGAGGGAUAAGACAAAGGCUUUUUUAUCAAGAUUUACAAAUUUCACCCAAUUGGUUUUAAAGGAGUAACAUCGAAAUUUUCAAUUAAAAAUAUAAUUUCACGAUAAAAAGUGACAUAAUUCGAAAUCUAAACUAAGACCAUAGGGUGUUAAAGUGUUAAAAUUAAAAAUAAAUUUAAUUUCUUCAAUUCCAAUUCGCUUUGUAAAAUCUCCUCCCCUCCAGUUUUUUUUAACUACCUUCGGUGCACAAAAUGUGAGAUCUUUUGUAUUUUGAUUAUGAAAGUUUUUAAAGUGGUAAGAGACGCUAUGCGUCUCUAUUACUUUUUAAAUAUUUCUCACAUGUUCGGAAACUCUAGUGUGUAAACAUCUGAUGGUUCUCCCUACAUAUAACAAGUCGCAUGGACAUUUUUAAUAAAUUAUAAUUUUUGAGAAACAGGUUAUUUGGUUUCUUAUUUCAAAAUCUUUAUUUGUAAAUUAAUUUUGUGUUUUUUAUACUUCUUUUCUUGCUGUUUGUCUCCCUACAUGCUAAGCACCCUCCACAUCCAUAAAAACCUUUAUUACCUGUUAAAAAAUUCUUAUUAGUGCUUGAUGAGUCUUUAUAAUUACUAUUCACUAAUAUACUUUUAAUAUUCUUACACCCUUUAUGUACGAUUUUAGGUUUUGACGGUAAUAUAUUUUUUUAAAAUGGGGUCAUCUUGUAAGAGGUGCCAGUGUUUCUUAAUAGCAUAUCAUACUUUAUUUCUAGCGGAGAAAUUACAGAUGAAUGGAACUUUCAUAUUUUUGUCCUCACUUCAUUUCUUCUUAUAUGUGAGAAGUUCUUUUCUUUCCAUUUUUUUGACUUCAUUCAGGCUUACUUGGCGAUCUUCUUCUUUAUAACCCUUCUCUAUGAACUGCUCUUUAAUUAUUUGAGUUUGUGUGAUAAAAUCAUCUUCUUGUGUGCAGUUUCUUUUCAACCUCAUAAAUUGGCUUUUGGGCGCAUUCAUAAGCCAUGGAGUAUGAUGGCAACUUGUGAGGUCUAUAUAUCCGUUACAAUCUACUUCUUUAAAAUAAUUUUUCGUAUGAAUUUCUCCAUUGUCUAUAAAGAUGGUUAGAUCUAAUAAAUUGAUUUCCUGUUUACUCUGAGUGGAGGUGAGAGUUAUCCCCAAAUCGUUGGAAUUGAGAAAACUUAAAAGAUCGGUGAGACUCGAUUCAUCUCCUUUCCAGAUAAAAAAUAUAUCAAAGAAACUGCGAUAGGGGACCAAGUCCGCAUAUGCAGCAUGCGAUAAAAUAAAUGUUUCUUCCCAGUACGCCAUGAACAAAUUGGCGUAACUGGGCACGAACUUGGUCCCCAUUGACGUUCCAUUGAUUUGCAUAAAAAACAAUCCUUAAACCAAAAAAAGUUAUUGGUGAGGAUUAAAAAUAUGCCUUUGAUUAUAAAAUCAAUCUGCUCCUGUUUAAAAUCGUAUUUCUUUAGAAAAUAUUGCAUUGUCUCAAUCCCCUUAUUGUGUGGGAUAAUACUAUAAAGUGAACUCACAUCAAAUGUGAUCAAUAUAUAGUUUGCCUCCCAUUUUAUAUUGCCAAGAAUUUGUUAUAUAUGUACUGUGUCCUUUAGAUACGAGGGAUUCUUAGUUACUAUUGGUUGGACUAGUACGUCGAUGUAUUCAGAUACCCUUGAUGAGAUACUAUCUACUCCGGAAAUUAUUGGUAUUCCAGGAGGGUUCGUCAAAUGUUUGUGCAUUUUGGGCAGGCAGUAAAAUACCGGAAUUUGAGGAUUUAAAAUAUUUAAAUAUUUAGCUUCUGUGUCUGUUAAAAUGUUUUUGUUUAAUCCCUCACUAAUACAUGUUUGAAAUUUAUCUCUAAUUUCUUGGCUGGGAUUGGAUUUUAGCUUCUUAUAUGUAUGAGAAUCUGACAAAAGUCUUUCAGCUUCACCAACAUGUUUUUCCUUGGAUAAAACUACCUCCCUUCCCCCCUUAUCAGCUGGUUUAAUUACAAGAUCUUUCUUUUUCUGUACAUUUUUUAAAGCUUUUAUUUCUACCUGCGACAGAUUCUUUUGGUAUUUAUUUGUAUUCUUUAUUUUACUCACUUCCUUCAUUACCAUGGUCUCGAAUGUCUUAAUUUCACUCGAGACCAUGUUUUUCAGGAAGAAUUUAGAUUUUUCUUUGAGAUUACUAUGUAUAUAUGGGGAAGUAGUAUCCAUUCGCUCUGAAUUAUUCUUGUCAUAAAAAACCUUUUUAUAGACAUAAUUGUCUAGUAAACCGAUUGAGAUCAAUGAAAAAAAUCAAAAUGAUUAAAAUCUGAGGUUGGCAGACUUUAAAGGGAGACUCUAGGCUCCUAAUCACUUUAGCUUAUUGAAGUGGUUAUGGUGCAAGAACUUUGUUACUGCCGCCUUAUGCUUGACAAGUUGUUGUUUUUUUAGACUGAAAAAAUUACAUCACUGAGGUAAGCAGCACUAGUUCAUGCUUGGCAUUUCAAAAGGGGCAUUAUGCUGAUUGUAUGUCACAAAUUACCUAUGUAAUAGGAUAUUUGACAUGUGUUGGUAUAUCAAGCAUCUCCUAGGACAGUAAUUUCUUGAACAAUAGCUUCCUUUAUACUUAACUUGUAAGUAUUUAGUGUGGUCAGUAUUGUAAUGCAGAAGACAACUCACAAUGCAUCGAAAACUGUCCCAUACUCACCUUGACGAUUGUCAGUUAUUGAAGAACAUUAUAUUAUGUAUUCCGUUGUAACGUUGUGUAUUACCUUACAGGGAUACAACUAUGUAUGCAGUUUCCGCUGAUGCAAAAGGACUAGAUACAGUGGUCAGCCUAUUAGCUGAAGUUGUCCUGCAUCCCAGACUAUCUGGUAAGUGGACUUUCUAUUUCUCUUUAUGCUAAAUUUGUGGAGAAGAUAUUAGACCAGUAUUUAUUUUAUUUGAGUUCUGAACACACAUGACAUUGUAUGAUAUCACUUUUUUAGGUUUAAAAAAUACCAUAGAGUCCCUAACCGUGUAAUCCUGUGUAAUCAUGUGUUCUCGUUGCAGACGAGGAGAUUGAGAUGACUCAAAUGGCGAUACGAUUUGAGUUGGAAGAUCUUAAUAUGAGACCAGACCCCGAACCUUUGCUUACAGAAAUGAUCCAUGCAGUAAGUUUAUAAAUGCUUUAAUAGUAUUAUUUAUUUAUUACCUGUUGACAAACAAGUUCAGGUUCCAUGCUUCGUUUGUCUAAAAUCUAAUGCUGGGGUGCAUCAGGAAGUGAAGUAGCCCUGCAAAAGCUAAUAAGUGAUUAUCCUAGUCCUGAGAUCACUGUGAUGUUAGUAUGCUACAAGGUUUCCCUAGAAACUCAUCACCAUUCCAUGAUUUAAUGCAGUAUUUUGUAUAUCACUGUGAUCUGAUGUGGCUGAGAUGCAUUUUUUUAUUUUUACAGUUUUUAAUUUUUACUGUUAGGGGUUACAUUUUUAUCUCUUUUUAAAUCCUAAUGUUGUGUUAUUCGAUAAUUGCGUACAAAUUCUAAUAGGUAAAUCUGUGACAAAGUAUGUUUUACUUUUUUUUUUUUUUCUGUUACUAAAGCCCUACCUGCUCUUUAAAAAGCAAUAUAUGAAGAGAGAUAAUUAUGGUUAAACUAGCAGUGAAAUUUCUGCAUUGGCAGGGGGUUGGACAUUGCGCUCACAGCUGAUGGCACCAUAACCCCUAUAGCAAUGACUAAGAAACAGUUCACGUUUAUAUCGUAUAUUGCCAUUUCACAAAGUAUUAUUUGUUCAUAUUUUUGCAGGCAGCCUUUCGAGGUAACACUGUGGGGCUUCCCAGAUUUUGCCCUUCUGAGAACAUUGAAAAGAUCAACCAGAAAACACUGCAUAACUACAUGCACAACUACUACACCCCAGAUAGGAUGGUUCUUGCUGGUGUUGGCAUCGAGCACGAUCAACUCCUGGAAUGUGCCAAGAAAUAUCUCCUGGGUGCGGAGCCUGUGUGGGCAUCGGGAAAGCCCAAGGUCAUUGAUAAGUCCAUUGCUCAGUACACAGGAGGGAUAGUCAAGGUAAGAUAUCACCUUCAAUGGUAUUUACAUUUUUUAUUUAUUUUUUAAAUUAUUAAGCAUUUACACAUCACGUUAUGGUCCAGGUGGCUAUGUUACCACUUACAGCAUGAAAUAACUAAAAUGAAUAAUAAAGGUGUAUGUUGUGGUAGUUGCCAUAGUGAACAUAGAUUCAACAGCAUGCAUAUUGUCACUUUAAUUUGCAGGUGCUCUACAAAGCCUGGAUAAUAUCAAUGUUUUCUUGUUCCUUUUCAUCAGGUUGAGAAAGACAUGUCUGAUGUGAGUUUGGGGCCAACGCCAAUCCCAGAACUCACACACAUCAUGAUCGGAUUGGAGAGCUGCUCCUUUCUGGUAAGAAUUCCUGCCAUUUUGCUAAAAUUAAAGCACUAGGAUCCAUCUAAACACUCCAUUAAAAAAAAAAAUAAUAAUAAUUUUAACAAUUAAGUAGAUAUUUAUCCAAAGAGAAAUUGCCUUUUUUUUUGCAUGUUUUAUUUUGGGUAUGUGCAAAAAAAAAAAAAAACAGCUUGAGGCAUGCCCUAGAACAGCGUUUAUGCCACUUUUCUUAUCUCUGUGGAUCUAACGGAAGCGGAAGAAAGCCUCCCUGGGUGUCAGGCAGGAGGUGUACCCAUUGAAAGCUGCACUUUAUAAACAUUCAAGAACGUUUGAGAUUCCAGACACAUGAAGCACGUAAACAUCUGUAGUCUGAUACAUUGUCUGAGGACAUGUAUGCUAGCGAUUGGACCACAUAAGAAAUACCUUGGGAUGACUACUUAAAAUAGGUCUAUCAAAACCUGAAAUCUUUUUGUGUGGUUUAAUUUUAAAAGAUAGGACACUUUUUAUGAUAUAUUUCAUAUUAAGAAUUCUGCAACAACUAUAGAUUGUUUGAAAAUUACUUGGAAUCUUAAGACUGCAUUUAUUCUCCUUUUUAUUCAUUGUUCUGCAGGAAGAUGACUUCAUCCCUUUCGCCGUGUUAAACAUGAUGAUGGGUGGCGGGGGCUCCUUCUCAGCUGGGGGUCCAGGAAAAGGAAUGUUCACCAGACUGUACCUCAAUGUACUCAACAGGUGAGCCCACCAUUUGGAUCAAAUCGGGAAACACUGGAGAGGUUAUCUUUUGUAGAACGUAAACUGGAAAUGUCAUCCUUAAACAUAUGAAAGUCCGGGUCCCAUUAAAACCAAUUAAUCAAUUUCUUCCAUACAUCGUACUAAGUAGUACAUCGAAUUUUUCUGAAACUAAUAUUCUGCAUUUGGCAGAUCAUCAGCCAGACUAGUGCUAGUUAAUGCCUUUUUGUCAGUGAUGUAGUGGUGUAAUUCAUCAACUGCAUAUAUUACAUGCAAGAUAAUGUUUCCAGUUUUGCUAUGUUGGCAUUUAAAUAUUUGCAAUUCCAUUGUCCGUUUUGCACACACCCCAUAAACUUGAAUUUUCAGUUAUAUUGUAACUAUGCAUUGAUGUUGCCUAUAUUGUUUUGUUUCUUAUUUUAAUUUAAAAAAAUAAAAACAGUUAUUUAAAAAUAGUAAGUGUAGACUAAACAUAAAGCCAUAUAAAUAUUUAUACAAUUUUUAAAAAACCAUUUUGUGUGACUGAUGCCCUACUCAAGCCACUUUGAUCCAAUAAACAUUACAAAUGUUUCAAUACUGUUAGAGAAACUUUCCAAAUUAUUUAUCUACAAGAUUAGCCACUGAUUUAAUGGCAACUUCGGCCGAGAAAUCAUUUGGAAAGUUUUUCUAACAGUAUUGAAUAACUUGGAAAGCUUAAUAAAUGGAGGGCUAAGUGUCUUAUUUCUUUGCAACAAUGUAAUCUGUGUUAGUAAAUCAAAGUAAUGUAAUUUGUUUCAUAAAUCACCCUCAGCCCUCACUCUGCAAACCGUGCAAUAAGAUUCCUAUUUCUCUUUUUCACCCAGGCACCACUGGAUGUAUAAUGCAACUGCAUAUCACCACAGUUAUGAAGAUACAGGCCUCCUGUGCAUCCACGCCAGCGCAGACCCCCGGCAGGUGAGAUUUUGCAGGGAUUCUUUUAGAAGUAAAUGGUAGAACAGCCAAGUCCCAUAACAUUACGUGUCUGAAUUUGUUCCUGUGGGCGAUUUCCUUUAAAUCAUAAAUCUUGUGUGAGAAAGGUACUUUUCUCUUCUUGUAUCUAUUCACCUUAACUUAUUUGCUGUGGGAACAUCGCUAAGGUAUAUGUUGGUGUUAUGUACUUGACAAUAAUUUAAUGUAAAGACUUUUAUUUUCUUUCCAGGUCAGAGACAUGGUUGAAAUAAUCACUCGGGAAUUCACUCUGAUGGCUGGGUCUGUAGGGGAGGUAAGAACACACGCUUUCUUUGCUGUAAAUGUUCAGUUCUGUGUGCAGAGUAAUACAGGUUUUACAGCUAUCUCUGGUUAAUAUACCUGUGAUCUUAAGGAAAGUUUUUGUUUUUUUUAUACGUGUGUUUUAAAUUUAUUUUGUGUAUAAUUAUAAUUGGAUGUAUUUUUUUUUUUUAUUGUAAUUCAUAAGUUACCUAAAUGUCAUGUUUUAUUUUUUCUGUAACCAGGUGGAACUGAAUAGAGCAAAGACCCAACUAAAAUCAAUGCUUAUGAUGAAUCUGGAAUCCAGACCUGUUAUUUUCGAGGAUGUUGGGAGGCAGGUGUUGGCCACCGGGGCAAGGAAGCUCCCCUACGAGCUUUGCAAUCUGAUUGGUGAGUAAAACACAACUGCUUCCCUAUUAUUAUUUAAUCAUUUACUUGUGUCGGCAUUUUAAUGAGAUUCUAACAGUCUAUAUAGAUUUUUAAAAUGACUGAACAUAAACGUAGAUCUCUCCUUGUUUUGUGAAAGUUGUAUAAUUCCUUAUUCCUGGUCCUUUCAGAUAACGUGAAAGCUAGUGAUAUCAAGAGAGUUGCCACUAAGAUGCUGCGUAACAAACCAGCCGUGGCAGCGUUAGGGGACCUCACAGAUCUCCCAGACUAUGACCACAUUCAGGCUGCACUCUCCAGCAAAGAUGGACGCUUGCCCAGAUCAUACCGGCUUUUUCGAUAG